UGGCCAUCAAAAACGCGCGGGCUUUCCUUUUUUUUUGUUGAUCAGCAGUUUUGUUUAUUUUUAGAAAAAACAUAUAACGGUUAUUAGGUCAUUAUCUUUUUUCGAUUUUGAAACUGUUUUUUGGAUUUCUACUUGAUUCUCGCUAGUUUUAAAACUGAUUCUUCUUCAUUUCAAAGAAACCGAUAUAUUAUUUACUGAUUAUUUCUAGAACUUUUCUGCUCCUCUGCUUCUCUGCUUCUCUGCUUCUCUGCUGUUGAAACUUAGUGUGUUUUUUUGUUCGUAAUCCAUUACGUUUGCAUCGCAAAUAUGGUGAAGAGGAUUAGGAAUGAUGAUUCUAGGUAUAAUUUCGUUUGUUUUUGCUGCAAUUUUUUUUUUGUUUUCAAAAUUUGAGCGUUUUUGUUGUUGUAAUUGUAAUGUAGCCCGAAGUCGAAGAAGGUGAAGAGUCUUGGAUCUUCAGGAAAAAUUUUGGCAGUGUCUACUGCUGGGAAGAAGAAAGACAAAGAUGGUGAUUAUGAUCCAAGAUGUGAUAAAUCCUUGUCUAAGAAGAAAGGCAAAUCUGAUUUAUCACCAAUCAAGUUUUCAUUUUCAAGAUCUAAUCCCGAUCAACAGAAAGACACAUUUGAUAGAUCGAAUUUCACUGAGCAAGAAAUAAAGUCAAUUAAUCUACAAGUAUUGUCAGACUAUUCCCAUUUAAAUGAAGUGGUUAGUAAUUUGAGUGAUGAGCAAAAAAGAGACAUUAGGGAUAUUGGGUUUGGGAGUCUCUUAGAUAUUAGGAUAAAGAAGUUUUGUCCUAAUCUGAAUUUGGAGGUGUUGUUAAAUUACAAUGCAUCUGGAAUGAUGUUUUCAACAAAGAAUGGUAAACUGAUUUUUAAUAAGUUUACCAUUAGUGAUGUUUUGGGGUUACCUGUGUCAGAUAGAGCAGUAGAGGUUAUAGAUGAUGACGCCUUUAGGAGGAAAGGUAGUCAGAUAGAGGCUGGAAGUGCCAGGAAGGAUUGGCAUAGGUUUCUUGGUAUUUCUGAUCCCAAGAAGGUAUAUAUUGGUAGAAAAAAUUGGGAUGAUUUGUUUAAGAAAUAUGAAUCCGGGGAUGAUUUCAAGAAGUUAUUUGUUAUCUUUUCGUUGUCCAAGCUUCUAUGUCCUAUAGCUGAUUUAGGGCCUGUGCUGAAAUGUGCCAAGAGUUUAGAAGAUGUAUCUGCAAUUUCAAGUUAUGACUGGUGUGGAUAUAUAUUGAGAAGUCUUUGUGCUGCUGUUUUGGACUGUCAUCAGUCUAUUAUGAUUAAGAAGAUUGAGCUUGGACAGAAGAAAGUAUCAUUCAAGCUUCGGGGAUGCGUCAGCGCUUUGACUCUUGCUGUUAUUCACAACUUCAAGUGUCGUAAUCUGGAUUAUUCAAAUGUCAGUAAGCCAUUUAUCAGUUAUUGGCAGGAUGAGAAGGAUUUGACUGAUGUUGUGAAGCAGUUUGAGAUCAACAUGGAUUUUAUUCUGCCGGUGAAGCGUGAAAAACAGAAGGUUGAGUUUAAAACUCCCAGUGUUAGUGUUGCUAGUAGGAAGUCUGGUUCUCCUAUAAUUAAGGUGGUUGAGGGUCCAUCACCUUCAACUAGGCAGCUUAUCAUGGAUCUUCCUCAUAGUUUGAUGACUGAUGAAGAAAUAGAUGCUCUUGAUGUUCCUGAAUAUGUGAAGAACAUGCACAAGUUGAAGAGGAAUGCGCUUGCAUUCUGUCAAGUGAAUUUGGAGAUUGCCCAGAAUAUUCGGGAGGAAGGCGAGAAGCUGUCUCAAGACAGUAUUUCUCUGGAUGAUAGUGAAGUAUUUAACCCAGAUUUUCUGAGUCAAAUUGACGACAUAUGCAAGCGUCAUUUGGAAGCGAAAGACAGUGCAAACAAAGUUGAUCCUACAAUUUCACUAUUGGUGAAGCGGCCUGUUGAAUUGGAGUUUGGAAGAAUUGAAAAUGUUCCUGAUUUGGAUUCUGGUGUUCAUGGAGUUGAUUUGAAAGAAGGAAAUGAUGAAAAAGAAGGAGAGGAGGAUGAGAAGAAGAUGAAUGCUGAUGAUGAUCAGCAUAAAGAAGAUGAUGAUGAUGAUGAUGAUGAUGAUGGUGAUGAUAAGGAUCACCAGAAUUAUAAUGAGAGAAAGGAUGAUGAUGCUGAUGAUAAUGGUGAUCCUGGUCUUCAAGGAGAUGAAGACAAAGGAGUAGAUAAGGAUGCUGGUCUUCAUGGAGAUGAAGACAAAGGAGGAGAUAAUGGUGAUCCUGGUCUUCAAGGAGAUGAAGACAAAGUAGGAGAUAAGGAUGCUGGUCUUCAUGGAGAUGGAGAGGAAGGUGGAAAUAAUGAGAAAGAACCGAAGGAAGAUGAUAAUAAGAAGACUGGCAAUGCUGAUGAUGAUUGUGGUCUUCAAGGAGAUAAAGAGGAAGGAGGAAAUAAGGAUUUGGAUGCUGGGGUUCUACAGAAGGAGAGAAAGGAGGAAAUGUUGAGAAAGAACAACCAAAGGAAGCUGAUAGGAAGAGGAGGAAUGCUGAUGAUGAUCAAGUCAAAGGGGCUAAGGAUAAGGAUAAGUGUAAAAUUUCUACACACGUCCCUACUCGCACCGCUGCUGGUAUUGAUAUUGUUGAUCUUCGUACUCCAACUCCUCCUCCUCCUCCUCCUCCUGUUGUUGAAGCAGUUGAGAAUGUAUAUAGCAGAAAGUCUUGGAGAGUUGAUUCUUCUGCUAAAAGAGAAAAACAUUGCUGAUUUCGAUGCCCCUUCAUUCCAACUAUUAACUCCUAGUCCUGUUGUUGAGGAUCUUCCAUACAGUGCAGAGAGUGAAACAAUUAAAGUCAGAAAUCCCUUCAACACCUGA